UUGCUUUGCCUGAAGUUCAGUGCGGGUUGCAGGUCUAGUUAGUGUAUGUGAGGGGUGUGUGUAAGAGUUAGGCAGCCAGCCAGACAAUAGAGGGGCAGAAGAGAUGUGAUCCCUACUGCACUGCUGGCUACACAUUCUGAGUUGGGGUACAGAAAUGGGGGGCAAAGCUAGUAGACUGUGUUGCCUGCAAGCCAGGAAUAAGAAACAACGGAAAAAGAAGCAGAAGGAGGUCCUUGUAGAGCUGAAUGAUGUGGCUGACCAAAGUCAUGGACUUAAGGACUUGCUCCAGAAGAUCACUGAACAUGAGCAGGAAAUUAAAGCGAUCCUUCAAAAACAUGAGGAAGAGAAGACAACACUGUCAGAAGCCCAUAAAAUUGAUAUGGAAUCUCGAACACAGGAAUUAAUGAAACAGGCCCAAAAAGAUGCUGAUGUCAGGAUAGAAACGUAUCUUUCAGAGCACACUUUGACCAUGAAGAGAGAACUGGAUGAGAAAUGUGCAGAAUUGCAGAAAUCUCAUGACCAGGAGAAGUCUCUGCUGAAAGAAACAUAUGAAAAAAUAACCAGUUCUCUUCAGGAAACAGUGGAGGGGUUAAAUUCUCAGCUGGCUUCCUUCCAAGAAAAAAUUAAACAAGUGGAGGAAUUGGUCUUCAAUCAAGGUUACAAGAAACACAUUGAGGAUCAUGGGAGUCCAGGUCCUUUCUGGGAACAAGAAUUGCAAAGCUUACAUUUUGUAAUUGAAAUGAAGCGUGAGUUGAUCCAUGAGCUGGAAAAGAAGCAAAUGAGCCAUGAAACAACGAUGGAUCGGAACCUGGCACUAGAAAAAAAAGUGAGGAACGUGGAACAGGAAAAUGAAGCUCUUCGAGCGCAGACUCAAAAUCAAGCAGCAAUCACCAUACGUUUGACUGAGGAGUUACUCAAUACCCAAACCACCUUAGAAAAAGAAAUGCAUCUUCGGGAGGAACUUCAGCGUGACAAGGAGCAGCUCUUACACAGGGCAGUGUAUGGAGAUGGCCACCCACCAUUUUCAUUGCCAACCAACACUCAGGAAGUUUCCAUGAUGGUCAUCUAGAUCACGAUACUGCAGAAAAAUAAUGGACUGUACUGCAAAACCACUAUAUAUAUAUAUUUUAGAAAAGUUUUAUUCCAUCGCUGACAAAUCGUGACCUCCAACAGCACCCCCUUAUUUCUCAAUUAUUUAUUGUGUUAUUGUUGUUUUGUUUUUAAUUUUCUUUUAAUGCCAGUAUAUUGAUUUUACUGCUACUGCUGUCCAUUCCAGCCAUCAGAUAUUUGCUUUGUCCAUCAAUGGCACAAACUUUUUCUUAUAGCAUCACUUCUGUACUGUACACUCAAAUAAUGCCCUACACAGACACUUUGUAAUAUUUUUGACAUAUCCCUUUAUAGUUGAAUCACUAGAGGUUUUUAUUUCUGACUAUGAGGACAUUAGUAAAUAUCUGUAAUGAGGUUUCUUGAAAUGAAGCCUGGGAAUGAACACAGCAGUUGUCUCUUUAACUAGAAAUGAUACUGACGGAUAUCGCAUUUUCUGAUUCAGCACUGAGGAAUUUCUUGGCAUUUGUGUAGAGAGACAAUAACAUUAGUAAUUAUUUUAUACAAUUGUAUACAUUUCAGUUUUGAUAAACUGACAUUAUUUUAAUUAACUGGCCAGUGUUCUCUCUUCUCUUCUAACACAUUUUCUCAAGGACUUCUUACAGAGUGGACUGAAGGGAUAUUUUGCUUUGUUCCACCAUACGAAGGUAACUUUAUAACCAAAGAUGGUAGGAUAUGGGAUGACAUAUCUGCACAAUAGCACUUUUUUAAA